UAUGGGGGGAACAAGAGAUAUCUCUCGGUAAUUUCCGUCGAAAUCGAUGCGUGAGUGAUUUUCCCGCUCGCUCUACGCCACUGGCGCCGGCGAUACCGUUUCCCGCGCAACCUCCCGAAAAACCCGGUCUACUGCGACGAAGUAAGCCGACGGCGAGAAGUCGAACGCGGCCGAACCGAGCCAGUCGCUUACAUGAUGUGGCAAAACGAUGCGCGUAUCGAGGCCCUCGUCUGACGACCAAAAAGACGGCAAAGGGCCCCCGCCGCGAAAAACGACGCCGAGCGUCCCCGAAUUAUGUAAUAACACGUUGCGACUUCAACGCAGACCCGGCGACUCGUAGUAGUGAACAGUACAAAGAAAACGUAAACAAAAUAUAAAACGCCGCGCUCGUAGUAGUAGGCUAAGAUCGACUUUCGUUUAAUCGUAGAAUCAACCCGACCAAAACCGAUGUUAUUUAAGUUAUCUGUGGAUCCCGAAUCGAUAUAAAACAAGGCUGUGCUGAAAACGUCGUUCACACGGAUUCAUCGUACACCGCAAAUUGAAAACGAAACGAUAAAUCGAAACAAAAAAUGGAAUCACCGGAAAUAGAGGAACUGACGUUGUGCGGCUACUGCAAGAAAAAGUUCAACGACACCGACCAAAGUCCCAAGCUCCUCUCGUGCAAGCACUACUUCUGCCUGCAGUGCAUGAGGACGAACCUCAGCAAAGGCACCGCCGAACUGUACUGCGUCUACUGCUGGAAGAAGACGGAACUGGGAGAGCUGGGGCCCGAGAGCCUGCCCACCCACAAUCCGGUCCUGUGCCUGACCAAAAACUUUUCGCAGCUCAAGCUGUUCUCGACCAACCCGACCAGCGGCGGAAGCAGCGAGAAGACCACGAAGGUUAUAUCGGAGAACUGUCAUACGCACGCCAUGCCGCUCGCUCUGUGGUGCACGACCUGCGGUUCGCCAGUUUGCAGAGCGUGCGCCACGACCAGCGACCAUGCCAACCACCAGAUCAAAUCUCAGAACGACGCCAAAGACCAGCUCAUAUCAGAGUUGCAGGUCGACCUGGCUUCGAUGACCAAAAUGCUCUCCGAAAUACAGAGGCUGGCUUCCCAGCAGCGCGAAUUCCUGCUGAAGGUGCUCGAGGCCUGCGUCACGCUCAAGACGCACGUCGAGGCCGAUCUCACCAACAACGUGGCCCAUUUCGAAGUUACCGAGACCAGGGAGAACCUGGCCAAGCUGAGACUGAACCUGUCGAUGGCCGAGACGCUGACCGACGUCCACAACCUCUGCGCCAACGUCAACAUGGAGAAGCAGAGGUUCCAGAUGCGCUACCAAGACAUGUACCUACAAUGCCAGCUCGACGACCUCAUACGAAACUCCACGGUAGUCCUGGAUUACCCGCUGCUCAAACAGGCGGUGGGCAACAUCCACAACGGCGAGGUGGCGCUGCCCGGCAACUCCAGGAUCCUAGCGCCACCCCAGCAGAAUCCCAUCCUCUUCCUGGCCAACUACUGCAUGUCCCAGCUGUACUCCAGGCACAUGCUGGCCAAGACGACGUCGAACAACGGCCUCGACUACCACAACCACAACUCGCUGCCGUCGGCGCCGGUGGUCAACUACGUCAACCAGAACCCCCUGCACCAGCACCUGGUGCUGCCGCCGCCCAACAAGAACGUCUACCAGCAGGACAACAGCAUCAUCAUACAGAACCUGGUGCACUCGCCGCAGAUGCGCAACCCCGUCAACAUGUGCCCGCUGUACUACUUCAACAUCGACGUGAACGGUCAGCCGUUGGGUAGGGUGGUGAUAGAGGUGCGCGCCGACGUUGCGCCCAAGAUGGCCAAGAACUUCGGCCUGCUGACCACCGGCGAGGCCGGUAUGGGCUACAAGGGCUGCCAGAUAUUCCAGUGCUGGGAGGGGGAGAGCGUCAUCACCGGCGACUUCGAGCUGAACAACGGACGCGGCGGUCGUUCGAUAUUCGAGGACUCCUAUUUCCUGCCGGACGACACGAAACUGCUGGCCGUCAGGGGUACGGUCGGCAUGCGCAGGACCCAGAAACGUCACGAUAACAUGGGCAUGGUGGGAUCGCAGUUUCGCAUAAUACUGCAGGAGAUGCGCGGCUUCACCGGCAUCUUCGGCCACGUGGUCGAAGGUCUGGAACUCGUCGAGAAGAUCAGUACGUACGGUGACACAACAGGUAAACCCACGAAGAACAUCCUCAUAGCUAAAUGCGGAAAGUUGUAAGCGCGUCGACUGGGGAGCUUCAUCGUUUCAAAUACGCGCCACUAAAAUCCAAACGCCCCAAGUAUAUCUAUGCUCCAAGUAAUAACCAUAACCUUGAUUCGUCUAUGGUGCGUGCUCAACGGAAAUCACAGAACAUGUCAGCCAUAGACGAACUUUCAUCGACAAUGUCAUUACGAAAUUUACAAACACACUUGGAUCAUUUGCUUACGAUGUUUCCAAUCGUCAGCGCUUCGAAAAAAAUAAAAACUAUGGGCCGAAAACGAUGAAGCUUCCCACCCCCUCCAAUAAACUCCAGUACUGACAUAUCGGAUAAUCGAAAAAUAUAUACAUAAAUAAAAAACGUAUUUAACGCUAUGGGAUCUCAGGUGUUAUGGCGAGCUUUUUGAACUAAAAAUAAAAAAAAUUAUAGCGGAUCUGCCAAACGUGAAACUUUCGUCGUUUUAAAAUUAAGCGUAUAGUAUCGAUGUUUUGAAACAGACCUUGUGCUUAAAAAUACAUUCUACGAGAGAAUUUCGAAAAAAACAAAAAAAAAAUGUACAAAAAUAUAUCGAUGUUCGUAUGAGGAUAAAUUUAAAUGUAGCUUAUGCAUAAAAGUAGUGAAAUAGUAUGGGGCGAGGUUGGAGAAUUUGACACGCAAACAAACAAAACAAAAAUUGUACAUUCAAAUUACCCGUCUUAGCAGUGAGAGAGAUCGUAUAUUCCGAGAGAACCUAUAUUUUCUUAAAACGCGUGCAAAAAAAAAUUCUAUCGAAGUUAGAUAAGCGAUUUAUCGGAACAGGUUUUAUCCACUUUAGUUCAAUAUAAUAAAUAUAUGUAGAUUGCUCUACCGCGUUGAUGUACAUUAAAAAUGAAGUUAUGUUUUUAGUUCUAGUACCGAAUUCUGGGAAUUGGGGUGGAUACGUUAAAGCUGAGAAUUAUAGAGAAUUUAUAUAGUCCCUAUUUUUUCAAAAAAAGAAAGAAACCCGAUACCUAUUUUUUGUAAGCACAUAUAUUUUGGGGUAGUAGAUGAGAAAAGUGUAAACUUGAAAUUUCACAAGGAGCUUCUUCGAUUUCUCCUAGAAAUUGGAAGGAAGCUCGCGUACAAAACCGUGAAAUAUCAAGUUACGACCUGUUAAUUAUAAUUUUACGAGGCCCGUUUGGAACGUUACAGUGAUCCAAAGUACAGUUAAGACUUUUUUUACGCUUUCAACCAUAAGCUUCGCGACUAUCAGUUUCUUAGACAUCCAUACCACGAUCAGGGCAUAUCGGCAUUUUACAGAAUCCCCCAGUGGACACAGACUGAACACUAAAAGAAUCCACAUAAACACCCGAAGAAAACCGAAUGAAACGAUAGUUAGCGAGGCCACACCGUAUUGUUUAUCACAAACAGAAAAUUAGAGCCAAAGCUUUUUGUACUACACUUUUUUAUACGACCUACGUCUUAGGAUGUUUAUAAUCUUUAUUUGUAACCUAUAUAUUUUUUUCUAAACUUUAGAAUUCGCAAAUCGAUCGAACAGAUACGUGUAAUUAGAUUUUUAGGAUGGUAAAUCGAUUAUUGAUUAGUUGAAUUUACGGUACAGCGAUAAUUUGUUAAACGUGUUUGAGAAUUUUAUUCAUGUUUAUCUUUUCAUUAUUAUCUCUAUUCUAUGAAAUAGUUUUAUAUUUUUAUCCGGGUAUAUGUCUUUAUUAUUCGUAGAGGAAUAUGUGAACGAAAUUCGUAGGGGAGAUGAGAACGUUUAGCGCUAUUCAAUGUUAUUUUCAAUAAAUAAAAAAUUUAUUUUAACGUUAA